ACCUUUGGGACAUGAAAAUAAAGAUGGCGGCUUCUCAUAGCAACAGGGUGCCUCGGGGCGAGGAGAAAAAGUCGUCUGCUAACGGGAAAACUUCCUCGCGAACUCCACGACAUCGAGUUCCCUGCCCCAACGGCUUCUUUCGGCAAAUCCUAGACGAAGACGACAGGCUGUUGAGUAUAAAGGAGGCAGACAAGAGGGCAUAUGUGGACCCUUUCUUCUGCAACUGUAUUCACUGUCAGGAGUUCUACUCUAAACAUCUACCUGCCAAUAUCAGAGAUGUUCUGGUCCUGCCUGGCUUUAAACCAUCCAAAAGGUCUAUGCUGUUGGUUGACAGAUUUAAGAAGUACCCUCAACACCCUUCAUGGAUUAAACUGGGGGACAGAGUCAUAGUUCAAGGCAGAUACCCAGGCUUUGUAAAAUAUGUGGGUGUACUAGACGAGGAUGAAUUGGCGGCUGAGCUGUAUGUUGGAGUAAAGCUUGAUGACCCAGUUGGAAUAGAAGAUGGUUUCUGGAACAACAAGUUCUACUUCUCCUGUCCCAAGGGUCACGGGGUCAUGGUCAGGUACAGCGAGGUGCGGAAGGUGUGCCCUCCCACCCGCAGACCCAGGACAGCCUUCUCUGACUGGAGAUACUACCACAUUCCUGGUCAGAGGAGGACCAGAAGGGCAAGUGACCCAGGCUCAAGUCUGUCAGACACGUCGAGUGACAAGUACAGGGGUCCCAACUCUGACCCGACUAGCCUACAGUCUACAAACUCUAACAGGGAACCAAAGAGAAACAUGCUGAGACACAAAAUAUCUUCAACCUCAGUGUCGUCUUCCUACCCGAGCAGCAGACAUCAAAAGCAGACCCCAAGGAGAGAAGGUUCCUUACAGGAGAGGGAAAGGACGAAGAAGGAAAACGGCGAGGUGAAGUCUUUGUCAUCCACGGAGCUGAGAAUGGAAGACUGGAGAACACAGUAUGGUGAGGACCAGGCCAUGAGGAUGAGUGCUGCUCUCAGCAAUCUCCAGCUGGCUUGGGAGAAAGGGAGAGAAGAGACACAGAGGGUACCCGUAGUACCCAAAGAGAAGUGAUAUAAUUAAUAGCAAGAUAGAAUUACUUUGAUGCAGUAGAAAUGCAAUGAUCAUGACC